AUGGCCGAUCAAGAUCUUUGCAUUCGCUGCAAGAACUCUGUCCGAGCAAGACAAGAAGGCAUUCAAUGCGAUGGAUGUGACCGAUGGCAGCACAGAACGUGCGACACUGGGAUAUCCCAACAGCGGUACAGGAGCGCUGUCAGGAAUGGACAGGAUAUCGACUGGCGUUGUGAUGAUUGCCUCAACAUGAGCGCUGGAUUUCUUUUGCCACUUGCCGAAAGCUCGAGAAUUCCCCAUGGUAGUACAGUGGCAGGCAUUGGUGCUUCUCAAGCUUCUAUUCAACCUACCAUCAUACCUUCUUCAACUGUUGAUAGUGAACUCGUUGAUAGUGAAAUGGUUGACCUGAUAGUGAACUUGGGCAAUGAUUCCUCAACUCCACCAUCCUCACGCGAAAGUUCAGCACAAAAUGAAGAUUUUGGCAGUUACGAAAUUCCACCUACAGUUCAGGAACAGUCAAUUAGAGAUGGCGCUCCAGGCAACAUUGUUCCUGAGGACACCAUCCGUGUCAUCGAGUAUGAAAAAAUCGAGUCCUCUACGCAACCCGGUAAAUGUAAGUUGGUGGACAACCUUGGACAUUCGUACACAGUUAAACGCAAGUAUGGCGAAGACAACAUUGUCUGGCGUUGUACUGUCCGCAACAAGACAACGAAUUGUCUGGCCACUGUGAGGCAGCAUGGCACAGACUUUACUCCAGGUGUGCAGGUCUAUUCACAUCAACCGUCCAGUGGCAUAGGUACAGCAGCAAAGAUAAUCAGUGAGGUGAAAGCCAAAGCCAUGGAAGACUUCUUUCGAUCUGCAGGAGCUAUCGCCGAUGAAGUUCUGGUUGCCCAUUUCACAGAUGCCCCGUGCGCUGCUGUUCCUAAGGUUUGUAAUCUCGCUAGGCAAGCAAACCGGAAAAGACAGAAGACAAGACCACAGGAGCCCUCUGAUCUGGAGUUUGAGGUUGACGAACGCCACAUACCAGAUGAUUUCCUGCAGGCAGACGUGAAGGUUGGAGGUCGGCGCCACCUCAUAUUCAGCACCCCAGAAAUGAUCGCCCUACUAAAGCAAGCAAAGGUUUGGUACAUAAUAGGAACUCGUUCGACGCGACAAUUUAGUAACUCUAUUGCAUAG